UCAGAAGUGGGUUCGACCGCCAGCAUCCUUGCCUCUGUCAAGGAGCAGGAGGCACAGUUUGAGAAGCUGACCCGGGCGCUUGAAGAGGAACGGCGCCAUGUCUCAGCCCAACUGGAACGAGUCCGGGUCUCCCCACAGGACGCCGGCCUGGGCCUGGCCAACGGCACCCUUACCCGACGGCACCAGAACGGCCGUUUCUUGGGCGAUGCUGACCUGGAAAGGCAGAAGUAUCCAGAUCUGAAGCUCAACGGGCCACAGGACCACAGCCACCUCUUGUACAGCACAAUCCCCAGGAUGCAGGACCCGGGACAAAUAGUGGAGGAGACUUACACAAUGGAGGAGGACCCAGAAGGGGCCAUGUCGGUUGUGUCUGUGGAGACAUCAGAUGAUGGGACAACCCGGCGUACAGAGACUACGGUGAAGAAAGUGGUAAAGACUGUGACCACCCGGACGGUGCAGCAGGUGCCGAUGGGGCCUGAUGGGUUACCUUUGGAAACCUCCCCCGUCACCAGCAACUACGUCCAGACCAUGGACAGGAACUUCCGCAAGAAUGGCAACGGGGGCCCCAGCAGCUACCUGAGCCAGCCCGGCACAGCCACCCUCCCUCGUAACUACCACUACCCCGAUGGCUAUGGCCGCCCCUAUGAGGAUGGCUACCCAGGCAGCGAUCACAGCUACGGCAGCCUGUCCCGUGGCACCCGCAUUGAUGAGCGCUACCGUCCCUCCAUGGACACCUACCGGGCCCCCAGCCGCCAGGACAUCUACGGCCCCCAACCUCAAGUGCGUGUUGGGGGCAGCAACAUGGACCUCAACCAUUUCCACCCUGAGCCGUACGGCCUGGAGGAUGACCAGCGCAGCGUGGGCUUUGAAGAUGUGGACUACGGGCUUAUGUCUGACUACGGCACGGCCAGACGGGCAGGGACCCCAUCCGAUCCGCGACGGCGGCUCAGGAGUUACGAAGACAUGCUGGUGGAUGAAGUGGCCCCUGACCGGUACUACUGGGCGCCUCUGGCUCAGCAUGAGCGAGGUAGCUUGGCUAGUCUGGACAGCCUGCGGAAGGGCGGUCCACCCCCGGGUAACUGGCGACAGCCAGAGCUGCCAGGAUUGCUAGACCACCCCAAGAAAGAGGUGCACUAUGGUGCCUGUGGAGCCCUCAAGAACAUCUCCUUUGGCAAAGACCAAGACAAUAAGAUUGCCAUCAAGAACUGUGAUGGGGUACCUGCUCUGGUACGCCUGUUGCGGAAGGCCCAUGACAUGGACCUCACAGAGGUCAUCACAGGAACACUGUGGAACCUGUCCUCGCACGACUCCAUCAAGAUGGCCAUUGUGGAUCAUGCACUACAUGCUCUGACCGAUGAGGUUGUCAUUCCCCGCUCAGGCUGGGAGCGGGAACCCAAUGAGGACUCGAAACCCCGCCAUAUCGAGUGGGAGUCGGUGCUCACCAACACUGCUGGCUGCCUUAGGAAUGUGAGUUCAGAGCGGAGCGAGGCCCGUCGGAAGCUGCGGGAAUGUGACGGGCUGGUGGAUGCCCUGAUCUACAUCGUCCAGUCUGAAAUUGGCCAGAAGGACUCAGACAGCAAGCUGGUGGAGAACUGUGUGUGCCUGCUGAGAAACUUGUCCUACCAAGUCCACCGUGAGAUUCCCCAUGCCGAGCGCUACCAGGAGACACCUCUGGCCCCUGCCAACAAUGCUGGGCCCCACCCUGCGAGCUGCUUUGGUGCCAAGAAGGGCAAAGACGAAUGGUUUUCCAGAGGUAAAAAGCUCCCAGAAGACCCUGGUGCUGAUACAGUGGAUUUUCCCAAAAGAACAACUCCAGCCAAAGGCUACGAGCUCCUCUUCCAGCCAGAAGUGGUCCGGAUAUACAUCUCCCUUCUAAAGGAAAGCAAGACUCCAGCCAUCCUGGAGGCUUCGGCAGGAGCCAUUCAAAACCUGUGUGCUGGCAGUUGGACGUAUGGCCGCUACAUCCGCUCGGCAUUGCGCCAGGAGAAGGGACUCUCUGCCAUUGCUGACCUCCUGAGCCAUGACAGCGAGCGAGUGGUGAAAGCAGCGUCUGGAGCCCUGCGCAACUUGGCUGUCGACUUGCGUAACAAAGAGCUGAUAGGUAAACAUGCCAUCCCCAACCUAGUGAAGAACUUGCCUGGAGGACAGCAGACCCCAGCCAAAAACCUUUCUGAAGACACAGUGGUGUCAAUCCUCAACACCGUCAAUGAAGUAAUUGUAGACAACCUAGAGGCUGCCAAGAAGCUGCGGGAAACACAGGGGAUUGAGAAGUUGGUGCUGAUCAACAAAUCUGGGAACCGCUCAGAGAGAGAAGUCCGAGCAGCUGCCCUCGUCUUGCAGACAAUCUGGGGAUAUAAAGAGCUGCGGAAGCCCCUGGAGAAGGAAGGCUGGAAGAAGUCAGAUUUCCAGGUGAACCUGAGCAAUGCCUCUCGGACUCAGGGAGGCAACUCAUUUGAUGACAGCACCUUGCCGCUCAUCGACAGGAACCAAAAAACAGACAAGAAAUCCUCCCGGGAGGAGAUUCAGAUGAGCAACAUGGGACCAGACAACUAUUCCACACUCAAUGAGAGGGACCACAGCAGGACACUGGACCGAUCUGGUGACCUCGGAGAUAUGGAGCCGGUGAAGGCAGCGCCAUUGAUGCAGGAGGAGGGGCAGGAACCACAGCCUGAGGUAAAGGAGGCAGAGGAGGAUGCUGCCGUGUUUUCCCCUGUGUCGGUAUGUCCUGCAGUGUCUUCCUCAAUCUGA